CACAUCUCGGUCGAACAAUUUUUGCCGAUUCAUUGACUGUUUUCUCGGUAAUUAGACUAAUUUAUCGGCGCAAAAGAGCAGAACACGGGUUCAUUUUCGUCCCUUAAUACUAUGGGAUACGUAUUCCUAGACUGAGCAAAGAUGAAUUAGAUUGAGCAUGCCUGACUAGAAUAAUGGAUGUCAAGAUCAUCGACACACAUCAAGUGAUGGACAUAUCAGGGGAGCCAGAAAUGGAGACAGGUGUCCUCAACUUGUCAACUGAAGGUGCCGUCGAAGGUCUCCUUUCUGCGGUAAAUGCAACAGAGGAGCAGGUCAUGAUCGGUUAUCUCGAGGAUGGUCAGAUCGUUAUGAAAGCCAAUGCGGCGCAUGCGCUACCAAAAGAUGGCGCCACGCAUCAAGCGCAGUUGUGUACGACGGAUGGCGGUGAAUUGAUGGUUGUGUUUUAUUCGGAUCAGGACGGCAAUCUCUCUCUAGUCGAACCAGAAACCAGUAAAGCGUCCGGUUCCGAUGGCCAACUGGUGAAGGUCCAGUACGGGGCGGUUGGCACGGAUGAUUACAACCUUCAGAGCUUCUACAUGCCGAUGGACGAGCUGGCUCAGGCAGGGGUUAAUCUCAUGUCUGGCGAUCUCCCAAGGGUCUCAUCAAAUGACGGGAACGUCCUGGCCUCACUCAUCGAAUCCGGCGCUGCCGUCCCUAUCCAACCGGUCGGCAUGAAGAACGAAACGAACAAAGACGCUCACCUCGUCCAAACUGAAGAUGGCUAUCAGUGUUCCGCUUGUCCGGUAAAAACUCGCCGGUUACCUGAUGCGCGGUGUCACAUCCGGACACACACGGGCGAGAAGCCGUAUGAAUGCAACCAGUGCAAGAAACGGUUCGCGCGGGCGGAUUACCUGACUCAUCACCUCCGCACCCACACAGGUCAAAAACCGUACCAGUGUCGAGAGUGUCAGCGUUCCUUCGCCUGUAAGGUCAACAUGAACCGUCACAUCCAGCUUCACACCCAGGAGAAACCGUAUAGCUGCGCCGUGUGUGGUGCCCGGUUCGCCCGCAAAUUCUACCUGUCGAAUCAUAUGAACCUGCAUCUUAAGAUUAAGCCGUAUAGAUGCAUCCUGUGCAAACAUAAGUUCAACCAGUUGUCAUCACUUCAAGGUCACGUUGCACGUCACCGCCAUGAUAAGAGAUAUUCAUGCAGUCUGUGUGCGCAGAAGUUCUAUCGUAACGCCGGCCUCGCAAAGCAUAUGAAACUUCACACGGACGUCCGCAGGUAUAUCUUCUGUCCCAAGUGCGGGAAAUCAAGUGUGACCGAGAGCUCCGCCAAGCGUCAUUUGGCAAAAUGCCAAGGCGAUAUUCAUUUCUGUAAACAUUGUCAGAAAAACUUUGAGAAUUUGGAAUCGUAUCAAGCUCAUAUUGAUGCGCUGAUUGCUGAAUGUAAGAAGACAGAUACGGGCGAUGGGCCGGCGAUGUUGUUGGAUGAUAUCGCAAGUGAUGAUUUUACCGAUGACGAAGAUGUUGAGAAUGAUCAGAAUAACGAUGGCGGCGGAGAAGCUGAGACAGUCGAGAUGUCUAAUUUCGUCGGGAAGGUCAUGGCUAUGAGUGAUAUCGUUGAGAAAACGGUUCCGGAGAGUGAAACGCAUUUUGUGCCAAAUUCGAAAUUUGGCGGGAAAGUUUUGGAUGAUGAUUCAGUCGAUAGGGAAAAUAUGGAGAAUGGUUUGAGUGAUGUCAUUCAGGAGUCGAAUUCUAUCGGGAAGAUGAUGGCGUUGAGUGAUAUUAGUCGUGAUGUGGGGAUCAUGCCGGGUGGUGAUGGGGCUGAUACGAACUUGGUAAGCGAGUUGGACCAUGUUGGACAGACUGUUUCUAGCGUUCAAAACGACUCGAAUAAUCGCUUGUAUGAUUUCGUCCAUUCCGUUCUGGGCGUGGAGUCAUCGUCACUUCUCAUUGACGCCGAUGGUACCCAACACAUAGUCAUAGAAAUGCAGCCGUCGUCUGACUCAGUCAGGGAGCAGACAGAUAUGAUAGAUGAAAACAAACUGGUGGAAAGUGCACACCACAACGACCAUCAGUUUGCCGUUGUGGCAAAAAAUGGACCUGACGGGCUUUGUAUUGAUGAAAAACCAAACAAAACUGAAAAACCCAGACAUAAAUGUUACGUGUGCGAGAAAACGUACAGUCGGCGGGAUAAUUUACUGUGUCACAUGCGGAUACACAACGGCGUGAAACCGCACAAAUGUCCGCAGUGUGCGGUGACGUUCGUUCAUAAGGGGAACUUGAAUAAACAUUUAAAGACGCAUUCCACCGAUCGGCCGUACGUGUGCGAGGUUUGCUUCAAAGCGUUUGCUCGGCCUACGUAUCUGAAGCAUCAUCGGCGGAUACAUACAGGAGAGAAGCCACACCAGUGUGACGUCUGCCUGAAAGAGUUUCGUCUGGCGUCGGUUUUGAGUAAACAUUCAUUGAUUCAUAAAAACAUACGCGCUCACGCUUGCGGGGAAUGUGGAAAGCGGUUCCGAACUAAAGCCAACCGUCGCAUCCAUGAAGAAAAACAACAUUCCAAGGAUGUGACCUUUUUGUGCUCGACUUGUAAGAAGCACUGUUCGACGAAAGAGGAGUUGGUGAAUCAUUGUCAUGAGCGUCACAAGAUGGCGCUGCCAGCACCUGGGGAAGACCCGAUGAAGUUUGUGAUCGCAUCUGAUCAUGGUAAGGUCGUUCUGAAGCAGACGACGAAAGCUUGUACGCCGGGGUUGGACGCUCUGUUGAGUAAUUUGGACGCUGGAUUCAGCUCGGAGGAUGAAGACGCUAUUAGAUUGAAUGCUGUUGGCGUACCGGAUACGGUUGUGUUACCUCACGAGGAGGGAGGCAAGAAGAGUAAGAGAAGUGGUACGAGGUCCAAGGGGGGAGAAAAGGGGUCAUUGAUGGGGAGGGAUGUCGGAGAGAGCGAUUGUUCACUGAUCGGAAGUAAGAAGACUUAUAAGAUGGUUAUAGGUGAUGAUGGGAAUAUGGGGUUUGAUGACACAGGGGAUGUUGUGGGGGCUGGGUAUGUGGAGAGUUGCUCAAGUUCUGGGAAGAGCUGGUCUGCGGGAAUUACUCACGAAAAGGAAAGUUGCUCUGAGGGAAAGGGCACUAAGGACAAGGGUCAAGACGGUGAGGCUAUUGGGAGGGUGACUCUGACUAAAAGGAAGCAUCGGGGCAAAGUUUUCACUGAACUGGGCGGUGAAUCGGAUGAGGAUUCUGCGCGAUUGGAUGGCGAAAGAGCCAGCAUCGAUGCCGCGUCUAAAAGUCCUGUUGGAAUGAGCGGCAAGAGAAUGAAGUUGAUUAAACUUAGCGAAGCUAGCCCUAGGACAUCAACGUCUGCUCCUGCUGAUUACGUGUAUGUGAGUGACAAUAAGGCAUGUGUGUCUGCUGCAAAUUCUAAUGUGUCGUCUGGCGGCAGAAAUGAUAAUGUGGACGACGUUGCAGAAAUCCUUGCGCAGAUUUCCGAAAUUCCUGUUUUGGCGGCACCCACCGUGACCGAGUCUGUCUGCGUUUCAACUGUUGAUUGUGCUGUCGCUUCACAUUCUGACACUGAUCAAACUAUUCUACAGGGCGCUCCGGCGAACCUUGUCUACACAUGUGAUUUAGGGACUUCAGAAACUAUGUCAGUGCCACCUGUUGGUGAUCCUGGUGUCGCUGUGGUGCAGGAGGUAGAGGAUGGGGCCUACGCUGUCGUCCAGGGAAACGGAGAAUAUGUCUUGAUAGAUUUUUCAGAUGAGGUGUCAGUCACCGCUUCCUAAGUGUAGUGUUUCCUCUCUAAUAAGGACAACCUCUCUAUUUAGGACACGAGUAGUGGUAGUUUCCAUUCAAGGAAACCUCUUUAUUAAGGACAGCACUUGUCAGUCCUGAGGGUGUCCUUUGGGGACAUUUCAUCGUGCCAAUUUGCCUGAACAUCGACGUCCUUAUUAACAGACAUUGUCACAUGCACCUGAAAACUCAUAAUUUUAGGAUGAAAAGUAUCAAAUUAGGCCAUUUAGGAUGAGAUUUGGUCAUUUAAGGUGUCAAAAAACGCUUCAGGGAGUCAAAUUACCCCUUAAAAAAAAAAAAAAAAAAUUUUUUUUUUUUCUAUUUUGGGGACAUUUUUUCAGGGCCUAAUUUGGGGACAUGCCAAAUUUCCUACACCGUAUAGCGGUGUGAAAAUGAUGUAAUCGAAAGGCCUGAGCGUGACAUGGCCGACCAUCUUCUCCUUGGGAGAUGCAUGUUGAAAAGUCCUCUCUAUAGCAUAGGCCUGUGAUGUCGAGUGUAAACACGCUCUCCAUGGUAUUUGACGUUGUGACAGGAAGACUGAUCUGGGCAUGCGAGGUGAUUCCUGUAGCUGUGACAGGAAGACUGAUCUGGGCAUGUGAGGUGAUUCCUGUAGCUGUGAUAGGAAGACUGAUCAUGGGCAUGUGAGGUGAUUCCUGUAGCUGUGACAGGAAGACUGAUCUGGGCAUGUGAGGUGAUUCCUGUAGCUGUGAUAGGAAGACUGAUCAUGGGCAUGUGAGGUGAUUCCUGUAGCUGUGACAGGAAGACUGAUCUGGGCAUGUGAGGUGAUUCCUGUAGCUGUGACAGGAAGACUGAUCUGGGCAUGUGAGGUGAUUCCUGUAGCUGUGACAGGAAGACUGACCUGGGCAUGUGAGGUGAUUCCUCUAGCUGGAGAACAGCUCGUUGUAUAAUGAUAUGAUGAAUUCAUGUUGAAAUAAAUUCCAGUAAUUGAA